GUCUAGGCCCGAAACGUCAGCUUUUGUGCUCCUGAGAUGCUGCUUGGCCUGCUGUGUUCAUCCAGCCUCACAUUUUAUUAUCUUGGAUUCUCCAGCAUCUGCAGUUCCCAUUAUCUUCGAUACAUCGCGGCUUCAGUUCCCACAUUGGUCGCUGAGUACACCACACCGUUGCCUCUGAACAACGGGGCUCUGCAUUGGUCCAUUCGUACGCGGUUGAGCUGGCGCCCGUUGGUCAACCUCCACGUCGAUCAAGACCGAGCGGGCGUGGCACCUUGAUCCUUCGGGUCGGACUGGUGAAGCGAAAUGCCAAUCAACGAGUGGGCGGGCCUCGUUGGGUAAGAUCUCUCCCCAUUGGCCCCAGGUUGGGAAGGCUCCAGGUUGACCAGGCCGUGGUUUACACUAUGAAAUAAACAGGAAUGUGAUCAUCAUCUCAAGAAUCAUUGAAGGGUUCUGAUCUUCUCUUCAUGUCUGUAGAUUGUGUAAAGAUGGAGGACUUGCCUGAACUGUACAUCAUCUUACAAGGCGAGGUUGCAUCUGUAACAGAAUAUGGAGCAUUUAUUAAAAUUCCUGGUUGCAAACGGCAAGGUCUGGUCCACAAAUCUCACAUGUCAGCAAGCCAUGUGGAUAAUCCCUCUGAGAUCGUUGAUGUUGGAGAAAAGGUCUGGGUUAAAGUAAUCGGAAAAGAGGUAAAGGAUGGCAAAGUCAAGCUUUCCCUUUCAAUGAAGUCUGUUAAUCAGGGAUCUGGGAAGGACCUCGAUCCAAAUAACGUUAUUCUUGACCAGGAUGAGAGGAGGAAGCGCAAGUUCAAAGACUUUACAGGGCAGAAGAUAAAACUUGAAGCAGUUCUAAACACAGUUUGCAAAAAAUGUGGAUGUAAAGGACAUUUUGCAAAAGACUGCUUCAUGCAGCCUGGGGGUGUUAAAUACAGCCUUGUUUCUGAUGAUGAGGUGGAACCAGCUGACUGCUCCAGCCAAUCUGAAUUUCAGCCUCCAAAGAAGAAAAAGAAGGAUAAAGUAAAGAAACAGAAGAAAAGUAAAGGCAAGUUACCUUUGUCCGAUUCUAAUUCUUCUGAAUCGUUGGACUCCAACAGUGAGGAGGACCAUCCAGCCCUCCAGGCACCUCCAGCCUCUCUGUCUCUGGAUCCGAACACAGCGAAUCCCCGGCUCAUCCUGUCUGAGGACCGGACCAAUGUGAGAUUCGUAGACAAACGGCAGGAGCUUUCUGGCUCCCGGAGAGAUUUGAUUCCUGGGAAAGUGUCCUGUGAUAAGAGGAAUUCACAUCAGAGACACAUUACUGGGAUGUAGAGGAGGGGUAGAAAACUCGUGGGACUAGCCCGAGAGUCUGUGAACAGGAAAAGGGGAACGGAGAUUACAUUUGAGACCGGAUUCUUGAUUAUGAGGCUGUAUUCGAAGUGUUUAUUUAGCCAUUACCUCUCCCUCACGUAUCCCUCUCUCCCUGUGUGGGAAUCCCCGGAAGAUCGGGGUUUGUCUGGAUUAUGAUGGUGGGCAGGUGUCAUUUUAUAAUGCGGAAAACAUAUCCCAUCUCCACACUUUCACUGAGAGAGCCUUUCCUUUUUUCAAUCCGGGUUGGAAUAUCAACAGGAGGAACUCCUCCCACUGACACCCUGGACCCCGGCUUCCUGUCAGCUUUAAACUGAUAGGGGUCGUUCUCAGCCGCACAUGGAGAGAGACACUAGGUGUCUACAUUAGGGGAAUAAUUAGGGGACACUAGGUUUACAUUGGGGGAAUAAAGCCUGUAUCGAAACUGGGAACUGAAUCAUCAGGAAGGAGCUCUGUAGGGGUAUAGGGGGGCGGAACGGGGGGAGAGUGGGAGAGAAGAAAAUAAUAGAAGCUCAACUGUAGAGAGGGACAAUAGCUGUGACCUGCAGAAAGCCAGGGACCUACCUGCUUGUAAUGUUGCACCACAGACGGAAGGUGGCGGUGUUCUGACGUGUUUGCGAUUGAUCAAAGCAUCACCGCUGCCAGGGUGCGCUCAACUGAGAAAACAAAACUUACCUUAAAACAUUUAUAUUAAAUGAUGCCUGGAAACAUAGAAUAAACUUUGUUUGCACACCAAUCCCAGGUUCUGGAUCUUUAAAAGCGUCAACGCGGAAUUCGUAGGUUAAAUUUCAAACUACCACAACAAGUUAAAUGAAUCGUCAAGGAGAAAUAGCAGGAACGUUUGCACCGAUCAACUCGCGUCGGGUGUAUUGCACAUGGGAAUGAGACGAUGGUGAGGAAUAGCUCUAGAUCUGCAAACCGACGUGCCCGCGCAAAUAAAGGGCAGUCAUUGACUUUAAAGGGGAUUAUGAACAGCCGCGGUAACACGGCGUUGACGGAGAAAGCUACUUUUUUUUUCAAAUAUCCAUUGGAAUCUGCUCAGAAAAUUAUCAAAGUUGAAUUUCUUCUCUUUUGAGGCGUUCAUCCGAUGUGUCGCGAUUAAUCAAAACAACACCUCUGCAGGGGUAUGUUGCAAAUUACAAACCAAUUCCAGCUCUCUGCUGGAACAAGUUCGGCUUCGCUCUGUUGAUUUCGCGCCCACGGGCUGCGUCUCUGUCGGUUCUGUGCAGGAUUUUGACAAUUUGUGUGAAACCACUUCCAUAAGCCAUGACUUAAAUACCGUAUCACUGUGAUAAACAGCAGACUCGAGGCAAACUCUACUCAACACUGUCAUCCUUUUGGUAACAAAAUAUUUCAGUUAACAGCUUACAAAUCAUUGAUGGACUGAGUUAAGCCCUGCGUCAUCGAUCUCUCCAACUUUUAUUAAAGUUUAAUAAACAAUC